GGCAGCGGCAGCGGCAAAGGCAAAGGCAAAGGCAACGGCAACGGCUACGUGGCUCGUGCACGGACGCUUACAUAAAGUGUAAUAUGGAAGCAUGUCUUCCACAUCCAGCUCCGUGCUAGCGCUGUCAUCGUUCAAUUUAUUAUUUUUCACCCAAGUGCUAACGGUGCUCAGUAUCACCAUCAAGUACAACGAAUAUGCGACAGACAAGGGCGGCAAUGUCAGCAUACCCUGCAUAGCACAGGGCAACAUUAUGUGGGUUAAGGAGCACGGCAGCAAUAGCACCAUUAUACAGACGGGUCGCAUAUUGGUGUUGCGGAAUGUGAGUACCUCGGAUAGUGGCAUCUAUGUGUGCUUUGCCACGCUGCCGCUAACAACAACAACAGCGAGACCAACAACGGCAGCAGCAGCAACUACCUCAGCGCCGGAGCAGGAGAAGCAGCAGGAUAAGCAGCGAGAGCAGGAGCGGGUUCCGUUGCCAACGCAACCUGCCGAGGUGGUUGAGGAGCAGGCGUAUCAGGCUUACCAGCGCAGCAAACUUGUUGUGCGCACCACACCUGGCCCGGUAACCCAGCUGUAUUUCAAGGCCUCAACCAUACUGGGCUUUCUCAUUUGGCGCUUCAAUAAGACCCAGUCCGGUGGCUAUCCCGUGCGCAGCUUCACAGCUGAAUAUCGCAACAUCUCGUACAGUCUGCCGCCCUACAAUGCCAGCUUUGAGCACGCGUGGAGUCGCAUGGAUCCCAUCAACAUAGCGCCCAAUGUGCGUCAAAUGGAGGUCUAUCGGCUGGCCCCCAACACCACAUACGAGUUUCGGAUAUGGGCCAACAAUGAGCUGGGCAGCGGCGCGGUGGUCACCACCAACGUGACAACGUUGCCCGAGACCAAGGAGGAGGAUCUCAUACGCCUUAUUAAACCCGACUUAGAUAAUUUCGAUCCGCGCAUUUGGAUAGUCGCCGUCAGCAUAGUGCUGGGAACACUUGUGAUAUUAGCCAUCGGACUCUGUAUUGUGCUCUCUAAGGAGUGCUAUCAAGCAACGCAAAUGGAACUCAAAGAUGGUUGGGACAGCAUUGAGCUUAUACCGAAUAUAAUACUUAAUCCCGGUUUCAGUGAAUCCGACGGACCCAAGAGCGUGCCGCCGUUUACGCGUACCGUUAUCUUUGGCCACAAUGGACAGCCCUACAAUGACGACGAUGAUGACGACGACGACGAGGAGGAGGAGCAGGAGCCGACCAUGGAGAAAUUUAAGCGAAAAGUUUCGGUAUUUUUUACAGGUCCCACCAUCAAACGUAUUUGAAAGUACAAAGUGCCCAUACAGAUCUAUCUAGGUUGUUGAUUGUGCUACGGUCUAACCCAAAUACA